AUGGACGGUCCGAUGUCUGCAAAUACAUCGAACACUACUCUAACCAGUCUUACUUUUCUAAAGGGCGAAGAAUAUGAAGCUGUUCGCCGAGAACACAUUGAACGUAACCGAGCCUUAUUGACUAAACUAGGACUAAUCGGAACUGACUCCUUGAUUUCUCCUGGAAGCAAGCUAAUCACACCAGCUAAAACUCGCCAAAUUCGAGAAACUAGCGGAAGAAAUAGGGAUAAAAUCGAUAUAUCAUUCCGCAGUAGGCUAAGGAGCUCGGGGAAGAUAGACCUCUUGAAAGAGAAUUCCUUGUUGAACAAGAAUAAUGUUGAUCAUAGCGAAAAGAAACGUUAUCCUAGAAGCAAGACUCAUAAAAAAAGUUUUUCAAUCCGAUGUGCGAAUCCUGGGCGCCGUAUCAUCGGAGGACGCGUUUAUGAUUCUGAACUCGGCACGACAUGCCAUCAGUGUCGUCAGAAGACCACUGAGGAAAAGGUUUCAUGUACUUAUGUGUUACCUGAUGGAAGUUUAUGUCCUGUGAUGUUCGAUGAGCGAUGUCUUAUGGGAAGAUACGGAGAGAGUCUUUACGAAGUCCGCCAAACGGGUGUCUGGGUUUGUCCCAAAUGUCGUGGCAUUUGCAAUUGCUCCUUUUGCCGGCGCAGAAAGGGUCUCUGUCCGACCGGCAUCCUGAAACCAGUGGCGUUGAAAAAAGGUUUCGGUAGUGUUAUGGAUUUUCUCUCUAGUACUACUCAUUCGCCUACAGAGAAGAUGCUUGCAACUCGACUUUCGGCUAAAAAUGGGACUAAAAUAUGCGGUGAUCGUAAUAAUGCUAUGGUCAAUAUUGUAUAUCGAGAAUGUGUUGGUCCAGAGAUGACAGAAACGUAUGAGGCAAAAUUAGAAAACCCAUUGGCAGUUGAAAAUAAGCACAAUCUCGAAGAAGAUUAUUCGGGCUUCAUCGAAUAUGGAGGUGAGGAAGAGAGGGUAGCGGCACAAUAUAAUGGACAAAGGAAGGAUAAUGAAGACAGUUGUAAAGCAGACAAAGGGAGACUAACGCUGUAUAACACAAAUGUAAGAAGAUCCGAAAGACAGAGGCUAAGGAAAGAAAGCCAGCAUGAAUUUGUCGAUGAGAAAGGACGCCAAUCGAUGCAAAGGGCUGAACAUAGACACGUGAGUCUGGAGACCAUGAUUGAUAAAAAGCAACAUUUUAUUGACUGGAACAAGUUUCCAGAUGGUAUCUGCGUUCUUAUUGAUCACAAGCCGUCUAGCUGA